GAUUUAGAACUAUUGCACAAAAUAGACAAUAUUUCCAAUACAUUUUCAGGUGUUGUCUCAUCUGUAAACGGAGACAAUACAAGCAAAAUUUGUCACUGCAGACCUGUAUACAGUUUGUUUAUUUUGAAUAUUUAAUCUCCCAAUGACAACAAUCUGUUCCUAUAUUAGCAGCCUGGAUACAUGUGUUGAACAAAUGACCAUCCUGCCAGCUCACCUCUGCCCAGGAGAACAAUGAAGUCAGUCAUGCUGAACAAUUGCUGACCCAUGAGUUAUGUUUCAGUGAAUGAGAUGAGCCAACAGGAUAGCUGAGUGAAAACUCACUCUUGACUGACUACAAUCCUAUAUACAAGCCCAAGUACAAGCAUGGGGAAUAAAUCAAUCUAUGAUUUCUCUGCUGAGACCCUGGAUGGGCAGCUGGUUCCGCUCUGUAAGUACAGGGGGAAGGUGCUGCUCAUCAUCAACGUCGCCACCUUCUGAGGGUCAACUAUGGAGGAGGUAAUAAUCUACAAGAGCGCUGAUUGAUCGCAGACAGGUCACUUAAUCUCACAACGGGAGUAUUAUUGAGGAGGCGUUUGAUUAUUGUGUUCUGUUUCCUAAGUACCACAGACUGAAUGCACUGAUGGAAAUGUUUGGCGACCUCAACUUUACUGUCUUGGGAUUCACCUGCAACCAAUUUGGCCUUCAGUCACCUGGUAGGUACACGAAAGGGUUUAAUAUGGGAUUUAAAAAACAGACUUUUAUACUGAAAGUAAGAGAAUCAAAGUUCUCUACUUUUACAUUGUAAAGUAACUUUGUACUGUAUGCUAAUGUUGUACUAUGUGGAGAUGCUUGAGUGUUUCCAUUUUAUGCAAAUUUGGACUUUAAUACCUCUUUUAUUUGUUAUUUUUUCUCCAUUAAAUUCAACUUGCAACCACAUUUGACUAUUUUUUUAGAUUGAUAUUUAUACUGAAAAACACCUGUCAGUUAUGUACCACAGGAACAUGCAUUUUAAAAGCAGAAUUAUCGCUUUUAUUUUGAUGCUGUCAGUAUGUGUUACCCCUACUACAACAGAAUUGCAUCAGCAGGUCUUAGUGUUUUCAGUGAGUUACUUAAAGCUUCAUGUGAGGAACUUUCAUUCUGUGUCAAAUUUGGCACUUCUGUAGACAAAGCUGUCUUUGCUAAUCUUGUCCUCUACAUGCUUUUGUAGUUUCUGUUGCCAAAAAAAACAAGACAUGGCUAUGGUUAAAUGUGCCACUUUUGGCAUAAAGGAAAAUGUAAAAACAGGGCUGUUUUUUCAAGGGCUCCUACCCUCUUAAAUCAGUUUCAGGCUUUGAGAGUUACUUUGUAGAAAUUGCUUGUAUUGUUGCCGAUGGUCUUGUUUGCUUUUGUAUGGCAUAGAGAAACACCAAUAAGAAUUUUACUCUGUUUCAUAAAUGUCCAAAAAAUCCUCAUAGGAGCUUUUAAGUUUAUUUUGUCAGCUAAAAGCUCCUGUAAGGAAUUUUUUAUGUUUAUGAAACAGACUUAAACUCAUAUUGAAACCAUCAGCAAUGAGGCUCAUGAGGUUUUAAUUUUUGUUCAGAGCAACCAGUGUGAGGGGGUAGCCAAGUAGCUAAAAAAACAGCCUUGGUUUUAUAAUUUCCCAUCAAAUAUUUAGGACAAACGAUACAUUUGACUUUCAAAAGUGAGCAAGAUGUUUUUUUCUUUUUUUCAAAAGUGAGUACUUUGGGAUGUAGAGGGCUAGAUAAGCAAAGACUCCUUUGUCCACAGGGGGCACCAAAACUGACACAAACCAAAAGUUCCUCACAGGAGUUUUAAGAAAGGAUAUGAUUUGCAGCUCCCCUGAUCUACACAAGAAUUUUUGUCCUAUGAACGUGUUCGUGCAACAUAUAAACACUUGUCAUACAUAAAAAAAAGGUUACUACAAAUGAUUUUGUAUUAAAUAGCUUCACUGUGAGUUUAAACUGUUUUGUAACAAUAUUUUCCUUCAGAGAUGAAUCAUGAAACCCUAAAUAUUCUUAAAUAUGUGAGACCUGGAGGAGGAUAUGAGCCAAAGUUUCCAAUCUUUGGUAAAGUUGAGGUGAAUGGAAUAAAUGAAGAGCCUUUAUUCACCUUUCUAAAGGUAAGGUGUGUCCAUUUGUUGGUUUGACAGUAAUGUAUUAGGCAUUACUCACUGUGUAUUUGUGCUGUUCCCACAUGUCUCAGGCAUUUCUCAUUUGCUACAGGAAACCGUUCCAUUUGUGAACCCUGUUAUUGGAGAUAUCAAGAAAUUCUACUGGUCCCCUAUCAAAGUCAAUGAUAUACGAUGGAACUUUGAAAAGUUUCUAGUCAAUGCUGACGGCAUACCCUUUAAAAGGUAAAAUAUGGUAAAGAUCUUCAAAGUAUGGGGAAAUGGGAAUAUUUAGCAGUAUUUGGCCAUCAGAUUUUGGAUUGAAACGCUCCCUUACUAGCGCCUCACAUCUGCCUUUGAGGACAAAAAAUAUGGAGAUAAUACAUACUCAUGAUGAAUAUUAUAUUCCAAUUCUACCAAGUCUGUUCUGCCUAAUGCUGCUCAAUCCUACACACUGCACCUUCAAGCUGAGGAAAUUAACUGUCCUCCAUUAGCUCUGGUGUAAGUGUAGUUAUAUUGUGACUUAAGUGUUUCCCUUUUCUCUUUCCAGAUAUGAACUUCAUUGCCCGAUUGACAUCGUGGAGAAGGACAUAGCAGACCUUCUCUAAUAAAAUUAUCUUCCAUCAUCAGUGGCCGUGUGACGAUCCCUCAGUAAAUGCACUCCUGCACCUGAGCUGGAUCUGAUGGGAAGAGGAGCAAGCCUCAGGGCUUCAGUGCAUUCACUCUGAGAACAAGUUCCCUUCAGCCACUGGAGAAAUUUUUAGUCACUAUCACACCUGUUCUCUAAUGUGACAGUAUCUUCUCACAUAGUCAACAACAGUCAAUAAAUAAGUUUCAAAAAGAAAAA